AUGGACGACUGGGACACCGUCACCAAGAUCGGGAGCAAGACCCGCGGCGGCGGUGCUGCGCGCGAGACGGUGGUUCGUGGCAAGGCCGCCUUGAACGCAGCCCAGCGCAGCGGCAACGUGAUUGGGACCGAGAAGAAGUUCGGUGCUGGCAACUCUGCCUCCAAACCCGGCAUCGAAGGCCAGCACCUCACCAAGGUCGACCGCAGCGACGACAUUGUCAAGCCCACCACCGUCGGCAAGGAGGUCGGCACCGCCAUCUCCAACCAGCGCCAGGCCAUGAACCCCAAGAUGACCCAGAAGGACCUGGCCACCAAGUGCAACACUACCCAGUCCAUCGUCGCCGAUUUCGAGAGGGGCUCCGCCGCGCCCGACCAGAAGAUCCUGGCGAGUAUGGAGAGAGUGCUGGGCAUCAAGCUGCGGGGGAGUGAUAUUGGUGCGCCGAGAUUUGGACCGAAGAAGUAG